AUGCUUUGCAUAUCUGACAUAGAGAGCGUCGACGUUAUCGUCACGACAUACCACACGCUCCUUGCCGAGCGUAAGAAGCAUCUUUCUUCGCCUUCACUACUWUACGGUGUACAUUGGCGACGUAUCAUUCUGGACGAAGCCCACGACAUCAGAGAUCAUCGCAGCGCUACAUGCGAAGCGAUUUGUGCUUUGGAGGCUACAUGCCGUUGGGCAAUAACUGGCACUCCGAUUCAAAACCGCAUACUCGACUUGCUCAGCCUCUUUCAGUUUCUAAGGAUUCAGCUUUCUAUCCAAGAACCUUCGCUUCAAGCAUUCGUGGCUUUGUUAGUCAAGCAAUACGGACAGAGCGAUGCGACACUUCGGCUUAGGCGAUUCUUACGCUGCGUAAUGCUUCGACGAUCUUUGAGCACUAUAACUCUACCAGAGCGUCGAGACAACGUUCGCUUUCUGGAGUUCAAUUCGGCAGAGAUUGAAUGGUACAAUCAACUUAAGCAACGGGCUUGGGACAGUCUUGCGCUAAAUCCRGCCUCUGGCUCCCGGGGUUGUACGAUGAUGACAAUGUUCACGCACCUACGGAUGGUCUGUAACCUGGGACUCUUACAUCAAGCACACAUGGUUGGUGAAAGUGAGAGAUCUGCUGGAGUAUGGGACGCGAUGAGCGCCCAAGAAAGUUUCAACUAUCUUGUGGCAUCAGGUAUGGCGGCCUGUAAGCGAUGCAAUCUCAGCACGGUAUCGACUGGGACAGACUUAACACCUCCUCUAUUAUUCCCUUGCGGCUGGCUAGUAUGUGGCAGCUGUCAAAAUGGCGAAACAUGUCAUUGCCCAGACUCUGGACACCAAAAGCAUGUAGCACAUUCGGUCUCGACGUUGUCCUCGUCCCGGAAAGGCAGAGAGGUCGUCAAGAGUAUAGUAGGACGCACAAUGCCUACUAAGAUCAAAGCACUUUUAUCAGAUUUGAAGCAGCACGUCGACGAAGAGAAAUGUAUUGUACUUUCAUUCUGGACAUCAACACUAGAUGUCGUUGAGCAAGCACUCAAGGAAAGAGGCACAUCAUGCAUUCGCUUUGACGGAACUGUCGAGCAAAAGAAGCGCAGCAAAGACCUCGAGAGAUUCCACUCUGAGCCUACGAUCCGUGUCGCUCUACUAACGAUAUCGUGCGGUGCUGUUGGUCUGGACUUGACCGCUGCUUCUAGGGCAUAUCUCAUGGAGCCACAAUGGAAUCCCUCGGUCGAGCAGCAGGCUUURGCCAGAGUCCACCGAAUGGGCCAGACUCGGCCGGUCACUACUAUACGCUACAUCAUGCGCAAUACCGUGGAGGAUCGUGUUCUACAGGUCCAACAGGAGAAAAGAAUGCUUUCGGAGUUGCUUCUUGCUGAAAGCAAGCAGAUUCCAGCUUGUAGUCAUGAAGAUAUGUUGAAAUCCAUGCUGUAG